AUCAGUGAUGGCCGCAGCGGGUCUCAAAAUGUGUGAUGUGUUCGAAUCGUUCGGCAAAGUGCAUAUUUCCUAAAAUUCUCACGAAAUAAUCUGGACCGUCUCAAAUAUCAACUGAAGAAAUGGCUGACGACGGGGCUGCUAGUUCUACGAGCAGCAACAGCAGUGGAGAGGCAAGUCGACUGCAACUUCUGCAGGAAAUGCGGCAACAAAAUUUUGAUAGCAUUCGCUUUGCUUCUUACCGAACUGCCUGCAAGCUCAGGUUUAUCCAGAAAAAGGUUCAUAUGCACAAUGUCGACAUUUGGAACGUGAUUGAGGCAUUUAGGGAAAAUGGCUUGAACACACUGGAGCCAUCGAGUUCACUUGGAGUCUCAAGACUCGAAACACUUUUGUCUUCCUUAUUUCACGCAUUAAAUAAAAGAGUUCCAAUUUCUCAUCAAGCCAAGGUCGACACAACUACGGCCUUACUUAUGAAUUGGCUGAUAGCUGCUUACAGUGGUGAGAACAAUAAAAUCUCCGUAUUCUCGGUCAAGGUAGCUUUGGCAACUCUCUGCGCUGGAAAAUUGAUGGACAAAUUUCGAUACAUUUACUCGCAAAUAUCCGACAGUAAUGGUCACAUGACUCACUGGAGAUUCGACGAAUAUCUGAGGGAAGUUCUGGCUUUGCCUGCCGCUGUUUAUGAAUCUCCAUCCUUCGGAUAUACCGAAGGUCUAGCCAGUUCGAUUUUUCUUCCGAACUCCAAGGUCACCGUUAAUGACUUCCUGGAUACUCUGAUGUCAGACCCAGGACCACAUUGCCUAAUAUGGCUUCCUCUUUAUCAUAGGGUAGCAGCUGUUGAAUCUGUGACGCAUCCGAUUAUGUGUGAUGCCUGUCACAGAGAGAACUUUGCCGGCUUUAGGUAUCGGUGUCAAAAGUGCAACUCUUAUCAGCUUUGCCAAGAUUGUUUUUGGCGUGGUAAAGUUUCAGGAACACACAACAACGAUCACGAAACAAGAGAAUAUAGCAGUUUUAAAUCACCAAGUAAGCAAAUUGGACAUUCGCUACGGAAAAGCUUUAGGUGUGUUCCCGAAAAAGGGAAAAAUCAUUUACCAAGGUUUCCAGAACAGCCAGAAAAAACCUUGGACUUGUCGCAUAUUGUACCACCUUCUCCUUUACCUUCUCACAACGGAUUUCCAGAUCCCGGUUUCAUGGCUCCUUUCGACGCCGGUUCCAUGGACAGUCGUUCGACAUUACGAAGCAUGGACAGUUCAAGAUUGGACGACGAGCACAAAUUAAUAGCUAGAUAUGCACAGAGGUUGGCUCAGGAGGCACGAACUGUACCUCGCGCCGCUUCCAGAAUGUCCCAGGCAGAGCAAACGGGAAGAGCACCAUCAGAUGCCAAUAUAGCAUCCUUGGAAGCGUCGAGGGCUCAGAGGGAAUUAAUUUCGCAACUGGAGGCGAAAAACAAAGAGAUAAUGCGGGAGAUUGCAAGGUUAAGGAGGCAACAAGAGAUUGAAGCAGCUGGUUUGGAAAAUCCUGCCUUGAUGUCAGAAUUGAGGGCUCUUAGGCAAAGAAAAGAUGAGCUAGAGACUCAUCUUGCGACUCUUCAAGAUUCUAGGAGGCAGUUGAUGGUACAACUCGAGGGUUUGAUGAAAAUGUUAAAGAACCACCAAGCCUCUCCAAGGUCAACACCAAACAGUUCACCACGAAGCACAAAAUCACCACCGCUGCCUCCGGGUGCAAUUCCCAGUAGCAGGUCAGCACCACCAACACCUGGUGGGCCUCUAUCGGCCAUGCAACAACAACACCAAGUUCAACACGCGAUGUCCCAAAGCUACCAAAGCCCAGUGCCCACAACAUCAGUAGCAAAUAUGUCGGGAAACGCUAUGCUAGGAACGGUACAGAAUCCUAUACCGGAUAAUCUCUCUUGUGUUGGAGGAGAUGUAAGGUCUGCGUUCAGGACAAACAGCUUGCCUGGAAGCGGUUCCAGCAGUGCCAACAAUAGCUUGGGAAGGUCCUUAAGGAGUGACUUGUUGGUAGCAGCCGAUAGCGUCACGAAUGCAAUGUCGACGCUCGUCCGGGAAUUAAAUUCAGAUGUGUUGUGGAAUGUAUGUGAUGCACCCUCUUUGAAUGUGUCCUGGUGGCUUGCAGACUCAGACCAGGAGGAUCAGUCUUACAACUUUGGCCGCCAUAACUUCAGAAAGCAGCUAGACUUCGAAGUCGCUGAAGAUGGCGACGACAGCAGCGGUGGAGGCAAUUCCUGGAGGGAGGAACUACAACGGCGCUAUCAACAGGAACACGACUUUUUGGCGGAAUUAAGAGCUCGAAAUGUUUACGCAUCUCGGACGUCUACUACAGCCCAUUGCAAUGAUCACGAUAGGGGAGAGAGGGAGGAAGCCGAAGGCGAAAAAGACGAUGAUAGUGCCGAAGCACAAUGGGCUGAAGCCGUUCACAGAUGGGUGAAUCGGUAAAUUUCCUAAGUUUAGAUUAAAAGACUAAAAUAAGAAUUCAAGUAAUUAAAAAAGGUGCAGUUCUAAAGGCUAAUAAUAAACUAGUGUUUAAAAAUCUGGUACGAAUAUAAAAAGACAUUUGAUUAGAACAUUGGCGAAUUGAGUCACUAUUUUGAACGUUAGUGUAUAAAAAAAUGAUUAAAAGUGUAAUGUCGAGGAGUAUAUGACCGAAACUUAAAUACUCAAAGAAUUUAAAACUCUACUUGAGUAUAAUAGCGAGUAGAAAGAUUCCUGCAGUGGUGGAUUAAACUCCUUCGACAUUUGUAUUCUAUCUCAAACUAAUUAUGAAAAAGCUACAAAUCAAGCCAAUACUUCUUCCAUUCAAUGUCCCUAGCAAUUAAGCCCCAUGAUUUAAAAUUUUUCUGGGACGAAAUAAAGACUGCCUCUUUCCAAUCCACCACUGACUUUGAUAUGAAUGAAAAAUCAAAAAUCUUCUAGAGCAAAGACAAAGAUCUAACCUUAGCACCGUUACGUAGAUUUGCCGUAUUUAUACCCUAUUACAAGCAAUGUGCGACAUUUAUUGCAAAGACAAUUUUCUAGACAGCAGUCUCCAUUUCUAGUUUAAUCGAUAAGGCUGACGAGCGUUUUACAAUUCUAGGUUUUUAUUGAAACGUUUCUAUUUACUAUUCAUGGAAAAUGAUCUAAAAUAUUAAUUACACAGUCUAUUUCUAGAGUCCUUGAUCAAAUAUGCACAGGUAAUCCUUUUGAAACUUGGCAAUGUGCCGAACUUCAAAUUGAAUGAUCGUUUCAGGGAACCAGGACUUUUUUCUAUCUUCAUAUAAAAUGUUACUCCAUAGUCGUAUUUCGAUGUGUAAGGGCUCUAAAAAUUUUUUACCUGAUUUACAACUGAGAUGUAAUUGCUGUCGAUGACCAAAAUAGAUGUAAUAGAACGUAACUUAUUAGAAAUCUCAUAUGAAAGUUGACCCUAAUUAGAAAGAUUGUUAUAUCUUCAGUAUUAGAUUGCGUUCUUCAAUUAUAUAUUAUCAUUUAAAUUAAAUUCAAAAUUAUAAACUAUAGAAUGUUCCUCAUUAAUACGAUUUUAAGUUUCAAUUCUUUAUAGUAUUAGGUUCACUUACCUUGCUCAAAAUCAUAUCACAUGUUACUGAAGUUCUCGAUUCCUAAAUUAGGGUUAUUUAUUAAAGUUGCAUCGAAAAUUUUUGAACAACUAUCAGUAACAAGUGAUACGAUUUCCAUUUUAAACGAGUGGACACAGCACAAAACUAUAAGCGCUUGUUUGCGAAAAAUCUAAAAACUGAAAGAAAGAGUACAUGAAUAAUAUAAUUUAAAAGCUUUGAAGCGACGCAUUUAAUAAAAUAGAAGAGUUCAUAAUGCUAAAAUAUGUAAUUAUAGUGUGGAAGAUUCAGAGUAGUUAUACGCGACGCACAAAUGUUACGUUCAAAGAUAUGUCGCAAAAAUAGUACCGUUAAAAAAGCACUGCAUUAUAUAAAUAUAUAUAAAUAUAUAUAAUUUAUUGUCAAAAUUUCUUUUAUCCGAAAUGUUUUCUGAUUUUAUAGAAAAUUAUUUAUUGUAGAGAGCUCCUACUGUUUGUUAUUGAGUUACAAAUUCUCGGGACUCACGGAUUAAAAAGUUUAAGGAAUGAAAGACCACAUCGAAGAAUGAAAUUGUUUUCUGUAUGAUAAUUGAGGAAGUAUAGGUUCGUUUAGUUGUUAAUUAUACGUAGGCAAAAACGCAUUCCGAGAAUAAGUCCAUAAGUCUAAAGAAAUGAGAAGACAAGAGUCCUCCAUUCAUGUGUAAAUAUAAAAUUUUCUAUCCUUCCUUUCUAUCAUAUAAACUAUAAAUAUGUAUGAAAAUCAUGUAGACGUUAUACGCGAACCGAGU